UGAAAAUAAAGCUAUUUAUCCAAUAGAAUUAAAGGAAUGCUCUGUAUCCGUGUAGAAUAAGGCAAGGCAUCCAAUCACGCUUGAGGUUUGCUUUGUAGUCAGGCAGACAUAACACAGUUGUCCAAUCAUAAAAUAAUCUGACAGGGGAUUUUUGCUGUAUCUUUGACUCAGACUCUAGUUCUCUCAGAGGGUUCUGGAUGCAGGUGGUCAGUGCAGCAAGCGCAACCCAUGGCGGACGAGCGAGUGAGGGGUGGGGAGGCCCCCAAACCCGGGAGGCUGGAUACAGGAGAGGGCGACACGGAGCCCAGCAUGCUCCUCCAGAAACUGAAGAGUAACAUAUCUAAGAAUGUUCAGGGCAAAGUCGAAAGCAUUUUGCAAGAAGUUGGGCGCUUCUCUGACAACGACAAACUCUACUUAUAUCUCCAGCUACCAUCAGGACCCAGUGCAGGGGAAAAAAGUGAGGCCAGCUCCCUGAACAUGGCCGACCAGCUGCUCACCUGCAACUGGAUCCGGAGUCACCUGGAGGAGCACGCCGACACCUGUCUGCCCAAACAGGACGUCUAUGAGACCUACAAGAGGUACUGUGAUAACUUGCAGCAGCGGCCACUGAGUGCAGCCAACUUCGGCAAAAUCAUCCGCGACAUUUUCCCCAACAUCAAAGCCCGGAGGCUGGGAGGAAGGGGACAGUCAAAAUACUGCUAUAGUGGGAUUCGUCGGAAGACAGUCUUGAACAUGCCCUUGCUGCCUAACCUGGAUCUGAAAAACGACCCAUCAGAGCUGACGGAACUGGUGCAGACGUAUAAGCAGGAGGUGACGGAGGCCGCGUGUCAGCUGAUUUGUGAUUGGGCACAGAAGAUUCUGAAGCGCUCCUUUGAUACAGUGGUGGAGAUUGCCAAAUUCCUGGUGCAAGAGCACAUCGUCAAUCCGCGCUGCAGCCAGGCUGAACUUGUCACCUCUGCUGAUCUGGCUGGUGGGCCAGCAAAGCCUCACAAAGUGAUCAAGAAGAACCCCGCCCUGCCCAAAGCUGGCACAGCAGAGGGCGAGGCCAGUGGCAGGGAUGCUAAGCAAAAGGACAAAACCGACGGAGAGCAGGCCACACAGGGAAAGCCACCUCCCAGCAGCGAGAAGCCGCCCAAAGCAGAACUGGAGGGUCGUAACCAGCAGGUGCAGAACCUGAUCAAGCACCUGCCCAAGCUGCUGCCCCGUGGGUCGGUUCCAGACAACAAGCCCUCGCUCUCUGUGCACUCCUCCUUGCUAGCGCCCAAGGACACCUCAGCAUCGCCCCAUCUUCUGCCUAUCACCGUGACGGCCUUGCCCCAGCAGAAGCUUCCCGUUAUGAUCCUCCCCUCAAUGAGCCUGUCCUACGGUGGUGAUCGUGACAAGGCCACUGCUGUGACCGUGGCGACGUCCGCUACGCCGACUGCGGUGGUCCAACGACCACGCGGUGCAGCCCCGAAACGUCCUUUGUCCGAUCCCCCGGGCGUCCCCACGGACACACCUCCCAAACGCAAGAGGGGUCGACCCAGGAAGCCCCGUCCAGAAGAUGCCGUUGCUCAGCAACCGCAGCCAGUUGCUCCUCCUCCUCCUCCUCCGGCUCCGCCCACCUUGCCUCUGGCUCAAACUACUGGAGGGGUGAUCCAGAAAGCUCUGGCGUCCUCUUCCUCUUUCUCCACCACACCUUCCUCUUCCUCGCAGCUGCUGGAGAUCGUGAUCCAGGAUCAGUCAAAUCUGGUGCUGAGCUCGAUUCCCUCCACCCUCCAAGAUGCCACCGCGCCUGCCCAAGACCAGAGGGCCAGCGUCAUGAUGCAGUGCCAGUCUGCCUCCACAUCUGUGGAUCCUCGGCCUGUCUUGGUCCUGCAGAGAACCACUCCGAGCCGAUCCAUGGUGAUCCAGAGAGUGCCCGGAGGGCAGUUCCCUCCUCCUUCCGAAAAUCGAUUGCCCCCCUCAAACCCUCCCCCAACCCCUGUUCUUCCUCCCCCUACGCUUCAAGAAGAUGGGAAAGAAGUGGAGAUCACCCUCACUCCCGUGGAUAUGUCCGAGCAGCUCGCGCCCUCUGCUCCUUCUUCUGUUCCAGGCCUCAGUGAUCCGUCACAAGGGGAAGGGUCCCAAAGUGACAACCCCUAACCCAGGCCCCCUGUCCCCACAAGGGAAAGGUGAGUGGUUGUGAGCGGGGGGGUGGGGGGGGAGGUCAGACAACGCCAGCUCCCUGUGACUGUUAGAUCCAUCCACAUUUGAUAGCUUGUCAUGCCACUAAUUGAGAGUGCGUCUUGGACCAAGACAAAUGAUUCAUUAGUCACUUGGAGUGUAUUCAUGAAUGACUGGAACAUAUGCCUGAGGAAGGUUUGUCCUGGGGGAGUACCUCAGUGCCCCAUCGCUAUACUGUGAUCUCCAUCACCUCCUCUAUGGGCCGCCUUCGCACUUCCUUACUUAGAAAAUGGCGGAUGUCCCUAACUGGUGCCUUUCUAGUGUUUAAAAAAAAAAAAGUUUAAUAAGGCAACCAAUGGGAUCAAUGAAGCCAAAACAACUGACUUAACUAACCAAUAGACGCUCAUCAACUCCAUCAGUGCUUGCACUCUACCUAAAGAGGAGGUGAUAUCUGUGUGUCUACAUGUAAGUGUGGGAGAGUAUGCGGGUGUGGAUGUGAUUGUAACAGCAUGUUUUCCCACAUGGUUAAGGAUAUUAGGACUGGUUGUGUUCCUGUGGUUACAAGACAGGGAGGAUGAGGGAUUUACGGGUCUGAACCUCUCAGGGCUCAAAGUGCUUCUUCUGCCCUCCUUAUCAUCUGUUUUUUUUUCAAGCUUUUAUAUUUUAGAAAUAUUGCUACUGUUUUGUUAUGAUCAUAUUUUUUUUUUUUUUAUAGUUAAUGUUCCGCUUACAAACACACCUUCUUUGAAUAGUUCAAGUGUGUCUGAAAAGAAAUAUUCUAUCCCUGGUUACUGUAGAUGCUAAGCCUUAUGGGAAUUGAAGUCUUUCAGAAUAAUACCUAGCUGGAUAUGGUGCUUUGAUAUUACCACAGCCCUCUGUCCCAUCCAGUCAUCUAUUUGAUUGAUCUCUGGAUAGAUUGGGCAGAGCCUUGCUUGGUCUCCAGUAAACUGCACCCAACAUCAGCACUUAACUGGGCCUGCUGUCGAUGUGCAAUUCCAACCUGUUAGGUCGUAAAUGAUUAUUAAGAUUAAAAGAAUUAUGUUGCAAAUGAGAGAUUACUUUAAAAUGUCUGAGCUUUUUGUUCUGUUGUGUAUGUGACAUAGGAGGAAAACAAUAUCAAAAGCACAAACGCAGAGUGACCUACAUGAAAGUAGAAAGGAAUUUUUUUUUUUUAAAUUGAUACGCAACCAAUAAAACUGAAACGUUUCGACCCAAAUUGGAACGUUUCCUCCCAAAUUGGAAAUUGCUACAUGACUAAUACACGAAGAACCCUUCAUGAGUUGGUUCUAAGCAGAACCCUUAAAAUGUCCUCUACCAAUAAGGGUCAAAGAACCCUUGUAGGUUCCGGAAGGCACCCAUUGUUCUAAGGAAAUAGCUGCCCUCCAGGAUGGCUCUAGGACCCCAUUACAGUACCAUCGCUAGCCAUCGCUAGCCAUCGCUAACAUGACUGGAUGAAAUAGGACAUUAAUAGAAGACCCUGUAAUCUGGCACAUAUGUAUGUAAGGCCAGUGAAGUCGUCCCGCCAGGUCAGGAGGAUGCACCCCUAAAUACACAUGUAUAAUCAGACAGUACUGUUUAGACAUUGUAAUUUAAAUUAAAUGUCUUGACGUUCCUGAAAGUUUUAUUCUUGAAGUCACAGGAACAGAUAUCACUUAGAAAACCUGACAACCUGGGUGAAUAUUGUGACUCAGCCAAACUAUUUUUGUAGAUGGUCUGUUACCAAUGCAGGUUCUGCGGUAACCAUAUUUGUUUUCCUGUCUUGUCGGUCCAAGGUCAUAGAACCAGAAUAGGAAACCUGGUAAACCACAUUGAACCAUGGUGACCUAUUGGCCUUGUUGAAUGGCCUCAAAAGUCCAUGAAAAGGACAGUUCAAUUCAGACGGAGUUGUUGCCAAAUGCCACAGAGUUUCAAGGUGUGUCCAUGCAGCGAAGCCCCGAGGCACACUGUAGUGGGCACUAAGGAGCUGAUUUCAAAUUUGACUAUUUUAUUUUGUGUACUUUGAUCUUGUGUAUUUACAUGGCCAAAAAGGUGAUGUGUAGCCCUCAGGAAGGUGUGGAAUACGGCGAUGGCAUGUGAUCGGAUGGUUAGUGGGAAGUCUUAAAAAAGUGGAUAGGAGUUGAAACUCUAUUGGAUGGGUCUUUGGGAAAGUUAAUGACGUUGGAAAUGUAUGUUGCACUCCAUGUGAAAGGGAAAUGUUUGAGAUUCUCUCAAGUGAAUGAACAGUCAAAGUGAAUUAGAUAUUUCUGUGAAAAAAAUCGUUAUGCAAAUUUGCACAAAACAUGAUGGAUAAAAAUGGAUUUUUAUUUCAAAGUAUUUAGAAAGGGUUAGGACAUAGGAAACGAAAAAAUGAUUUGAAAACCAGUGCACUUAUUAAAUAUUCUGGUGGAAUUUCUAUUCAGUGGAAAGUAGAGAUGAUUAUUAUAGAAACAGACUCCACAUUUUGAUACAUUAUUUAUAUGAUGUAGGGCUGUUAGCAAUGUGAGGGUGUGUGUUAUUCCUUUCGGAAAUUAUAAUUGCAUAGAGAGAGGCCAAGAUAUUUAUUAGCAAAGCUCUGUGCUGGGAGAAGCAGCAUGUGUGUGGUUGUGUUGGUUUGCGUUUGGGAUGGGUGCGUGUGGAUGAGAUUGGCUGAGUGAUAAAGUGACGGAAAUUACACUGUGGAAGCCUCUUGGCUCGCAUGAAUAUCAAAACAAAACAAAAC